AUGACACCAUCGAAGAACUCAGCGAGUUCAAGGCAAGCCAACAUUUUUGAAGUUUAUCAUCCCCAUCGGGAGUUUAUGGCUGCUUUUCAGGACUUGGCUAACACGGCAUGGCAUCAAAUGAGGCCUAGUCCAUACGCCACGAUCAAAGUUAAAAGAGCUGCAAAUGUCUAUGGUCGCAAACGUCGGCAGUAUGACGACGUGUGCAACUGUGGUGCGCAAGCGUCUAAUUGUCCCAAGGGACCGCCGGGCCCCCCUGGACAGCCUGGAGAAGACGGAGUGCCAGGAGAGCCAGGUGAAGCGGGAGGGGUUGGCACGUUAGGUACAGAGCUCGGAUACGGUGACGAGGGACGUGAAUGUAUCAAAUGCCCAGUUGGCCCACCUGGACCACCCGGUCCUGUUGGUCCACCAGGCCCUCAAGGUAUGGAUGGCGAAGAUGGAACGCCAGCACCAAGUGGUGCACCUGGACAACCAGGACCGGUUGGUGAAAUGGGUGAGCCAGGACCGCCUGGACUGCCUGGAUCUGACGGCCCUCCAGGACCACCAGGCAAGUCGGCUAAGCACGCAGUUGGUCUGCCAGGACCCAUGGGACCAAUAGGACCAAUGGGAGCUCCUGGUGCGCCAGGACAGGAUGGAAAUGAUGGAGCUAUGGGAGAACCUGGACCAGCAGGAUUGCCAGGAUCGGGAGGUUAUCGCGGUAAACGGGGUACUGAUGGGGUGCCGGGUGUCCUUGGAAACCCCGGACCACCCGGUGCAGAUGCUGCAUACUGCCCAUGUCCACCGAGACGUUUCGAAAACGAAUACGGAAAAAGCUAUAGAAGUGCCAUGGAAAGUGGUUUCGAGAAAAUCGAUGUCGUCGAAGUGAUUGAUUUGAGGGAUGAGGAUGACGCGGUCAAAAAUGCGAAGGCUAUGAAGACGAAACGUGCAAAACCAUCGGUGAAGCUUCAUGGAGUCCGAGUUGGAGGUAAUCGAGCACGUCGACGUCAGAACCGUAAUCGACCUGCGAAGAAAAUGCGACGUAAGCACUGA